GAAUAAAUACAUAGAAAUUGAAAAAUUAGUUAGACUGGCACAGGCAACAGCAAAAGUAGCUCGGUAUUUCCACUUCUAUCGGUCCUCUCAACCCCCACUAAAUGGACUAAAGUGUUUCGCAUGCGUGGAUCUCGCUAGCAUCUUUUGUUAAACCCAGCUCGCACUGAUAAUCGAUUUUGAACCAAAACAACAAGCCAUGAAAGGUAAACGUUGCGCAAGUAUUGGAAGUCAUGAAAGGGAUGAUGAAGGGGAAGAAUUAGAACCGGAGCACUUGGAAGUGGAGCAUGUGCUUGGUGAUGUAAUGUGGGUCAGGCGCGAUGAUGAUGGCACAUGGUGGCCUGCAGUGGUUGUUAAUAACAACAAUAUCAGUGAGACCAGUAAACCUCGUAAUAGUUCAAUGGGAGAUGUUCUUGUUAGGCUAUACGGAAGCUAUCAAUACUUUUAUGCGGAUCCAGUUAAAUGUCGUUCCGAGUUUGAGAUUACACUCAAGGAGAAUGGUGGUUGUUAUAGUGAAAUGUUUGUGGAAGCUUUAGAGCAGGAUCUUCCUCAAUCAAAAUCUGGCCAAUCAAAGGGAAAAGGAUCCAAUUCUAAAGGCACUUCAAAUGGAAGAGCCAGUGCUUCUAAAGUCAAGAAUUCCAAUCAAAAUCGAGUGAACUGUGAGAUAGAAUCCUCAAAUCAUGCUAGAAUCUCCCCAAGGAAACAAAUCAAUAUGAAUACACCGCAAAGGAAGAUGAAGGAUGACAAUUUUCUUUCAAAAGUUGUUGAGGAAGCCAUUAGUAAGGUCUCCAAUCAAGAUGGGUUGGAAAAGGAACUUAAAUUUGAUAGCCCAAACACUGAAGGGAAUUCAAAAAGAGAAACACCUAAGCAAGAUGGGAUGCGGAAUAAACUCAAGAGGAAUUUCACAAGUACCAGCGGACAAGCAAAAAAUAAAACCCAUGAUCAGGGAGAGAAGAAAAGACUCAAGCAAAAAAGCUCAAGUGCUGCUGAAGACGCUAACUAUCAAAGCCCUAAGAAAGACGAGGAGCAGGAGAAACAUGAGCUUAGCCCUAGUUCUGCUGGUGGAACAUUUUUUGGAAGAUUACAAGAAUUGCGGAGAACGAAAGUCAUGCAAACUCUUGGUCUAGUUGCGCCUUCUGGGUCACCAUUCAAUUAAAUGGAGGCAUUAUCUUCAUAUCUAACAAGCUGGUGGCAACUUUGAAGAUAAUUGAUGUAUUUUGUAUGAGCUUCAAUGUGCUGAAGCUGUAGUGUUGCUGUAACUUUUAGAUCUCAAUUUGGGUGCCAGGUCACUUGUACUUGAUAUCCUUGCAUUCUUAUCUUGUGAGGGCUUUUGACGCAGGCAUUGAAUUGUCACGAGGGAUUUGUGCUGGAAGGGCACUGCAACGAAUUAAAACAUUAGCCGA